AAAUGAGGAAACCGAUCACAACAACUAAUGAAGACUGCCACCUCUUCAGACCUGUGAGUGUCUGUGUGCUGCUCUGCCGGCUCUGCUGGAGCUGCGCUGCCAUGUCAGUGCAGGAUGUCACUCCAGUCAUUUUUGUGAGAGGAUAAUCAACGGGAAGAUGCGCCUGGAGGGGAAACGUCACAUUUUCAGAGGGAGCGACAGUGUGGAGGGACUGUGAGCGAGCAGGGGAGACGGAUAUGCGGCACGUCGCUCCAAAGCUUUGGAUCUUUACCGGAUAAAACGUCCUAUAGAUGGAUAAUGAUAUUCUUCAUAGAGGAUUUUAUGAUCGCAGCACGUUUCAGCGGGAAUUUGGAUGGUGCUUCAAUCACGUCAGCAAGGACCCCCUCACCGGUUUCAAGGGAUCAGGACCAAUAGACUGACACUGCCUUGAAAUACAUGCAGGGAGGCUUCACUCAAAGUUUAAAUAAGUCCCAUCCAAAUAUCAGGAUUUUGAGGUCAUAGUGCCACGCUGUGACAUUAAUAUUAAUGUUAACAUUUCUGGAGGGAGGAAUAUUAUAGAACAGCCUGUCUCUAAAAAUUAACACCACAAAGUAUCAGUAGAGUUUUAAUUGGCUCCUGCCUGGUGUUAUUCAAACAAUCAUUUAGUCUCCAAUGCAGCAACAUAAAGUUAUUAUUCCAACAUUGAGGAUGCCACCCUGGCUGUCCUUUCACGGAAGGGAGACUGGAGAAUGAAAACGGGAUUUUUGCGUCUUUAAUCGGGCACAGAUCUAAAGGAAGGACACAGACGGACCUUCUUCUUCUUCUUUUGGAUUGGUCCAAAAAUAUUUUUUUGCGUGCCCCUUGGACUCCUGCACAAUGGGGAUUAUGCUUCAAGUUAUUCUAGGAAUGUUUCAAUUCCUGCUGCUCACUAGAAUACCAACGUCUCAUGCCAAGCUUGCUCACUGGCGGCCGGCAGACCCCCCGAAAUCCAGGGAAGGUAGAGAAGUGCGGCGGUGGUUGGAGGUUUAUUCUCGGAGUGGCUGUGAGCCUCGGGACACUCUGGUGGAGGUUUGGCGGGAGUUGCCAGGGGAGACGCACCAUCUCUUUGUCCCAUCCUGCGUAUCAGUGAGGCGGUGUGGCGGCUGCUGCCCUGAUGAGGCCUUGGAGUGUGUCCCUUUACUCACACACACACUCACCAUGGAGCUGAUGAGAACUUCCUUCAUGAAACAUGAGCUUGUUGAGCUGCCCUUCAUCGAGCACAGUCAGUGUGAGUGCAGAUUAAAAGAAUUUGAGCCAACACCCAGUGCAAGAGUUGGCUGUGAGCUGGCCCGGGCCAAAGGUUGGACACCCUUGAGGCCCUCAGUAAAGCCAGCGAGAAAAGGCAAGAAAAAAGAAAGAGGAAAGUCCAGACAGAAGACCCCCGGAGCCCUCCGAGCUGUGAUUCCUGCUCCCCCAAGUCUUCCCCCUCCAGCCUCCCCUCCUUCUCCACCAUCACCUCCUCCCACCAUCUUCUCCCCCUCUUCUUCUCCAUCUUCUCCUCCCUCACCACUGCCGUCUCAGAGGCCUCAAUGUCGCCCCUGCAGAGGGAGGAAGUGGGUUUUGGAUGAGACGUCCUGCAAGUGUCGUUGCACCGUCAGUGCUGAGAGCUGCAGCCGGAAGAAUCGGAAGCUCAACCAUCAGCGCUGCAGGUGUGAUGCCAUGAGGAAUUGAUGUGUCCAUCCUCUUGCGUUUUGCCUCCUUUUCUCCACCAACCCCGCCAAUUCAUCGCUCUUUCUGAUCACCAGGGCCGUGGAGCGCACAGUUCAACAUCCAGGGCCUCCCUCAGACUGAUGCACACAGAAGACCCUCUGGUAGAGCUCUAGUUUAGCAUCUAGGUUAGCAUCAAAUGCAGGAUUACAGCCUGAAUAUAGAUCUACACGUGUGUUUGUGCAACCACACAUCUUAUCACCCCUUUACGCCCGUCUGUCCACAUGUGUGUGCAGACAUGUAGAGCUACACAGGAUGUCCCAUGAGUGGAGGGGAUGAAACGGUAGCCCGGACACUUUUUCUUUCUCGGAGGGCACGUGCAACGUGCUCCUGUUCUACUGCGGUUAGGAGGUUGGAGUACAAGAGGGUUUUUUGGUCUGCAUUUGAACUUCUAUAAACAAGAGAACAAUGGGAACACUAAAUCUAUCACUAUACAGGGACAAAGGAUAUAAAGAGGAUUGGAUUUCAGUGGAAUCUUGAUUUCUUUUUGUUUAGACGACGUGCACAAGGCGAUGGAUUCAAGGUUGAAGUUAAGGCCACUUUUUGUGCAGAUGAUCUAAACAUGUCCGCAGAUGACAGAUGGACACUUCCACAGGGACAUGGGGCAUGCACAUGAGAAGGCACCCCAGUGUGCGUGGACCUAUAGUCUCGCUGAAUGCUGGGAGGUGAGUGUAUCUGUGUGGUCCCCGCACUGAAAGACCCAGAUGGGACACCCCUGCAGCCGUUCUCUCUCUUUCAAAGCAUCUGACCACAGGCUGGCUCUCCAAGCCGAUUUCCAGCAUUUGUUUAAUUUGGGCCUUUUGUCUCCAUCUUUCCUGGGCUCCUGGACUGAAAGCAGUCGCUUUGCCUCUCUUUGCGUCUCUUUUAGGCAGUGAGGAGAAUGACAAUAAUGAGAGGGCUGGCGGCUGUCCACUGCUUCACACACAAACAUUCACACUUAUAAUGCCAGGAACAGAGGCGACACUGCUAAUGCAGACACACACAGGCUCACACACACUGCUGCAGCAGGCACACAUACAUAAAUAUCUACACACGUCAUGCAAUGUGAAAUGAAUGCAGGUAGCCAUAAGCUUUUGUUUCUAACAAGCAGUAGUUUAUACAAUUUGCUGUAAAGUUUUCAUUUGAUAUUGUAUCAUAUUUGCCUCUGUUUUAUAUUUUAUUAUAAUUGCGUGGAGUUGAUUGAAAAGAUAUUGUGUUUAUUGCGGAAUGUGUCUUUGUUUUGUUUGUGUUCAUCUUUAAUCCGUCUGCAUAAAGAGUCACGCUGGGUGGCCGGCUAUGAACAAAGUCAGCAUCCAAACUGAUACCCAAACGUAUUGAAUUUAAACAGAGACAGCUCACACAGCCCACAAACGGGUGACUAUAUACAUUAUAAUGUGUAAUUCAAACAAUCAGUGGGGCAGUGUUGUCCACAGCAGCACACACAAACCAAGCAAACAGUCGUUCCCAGCGCACUGAAAGGAAAACAUGCCUGUUUUUGUUGCAUGUUAGAGCCGGGGUGGAAAGAGUAUUAUUCAUUUGGAACAUAACACAUUGUUUAUAUUCUGACUGAAUCUCACGGUUUAACUCCAUGUUAGUUCAUGACUGCUUGGCUUCUGGGUGGGUCUGAGGAUUUGAACUGUGACUGUUUCAGAAAGGAUGAGGUCUGGAGCAGCUUGUCAGUCAGCGUGACGGCCUAAAUCCAGAGCUCAGAGGACCCGGAGUGGUGGGUCACACAGUUAAACCCAUUUUUGACUCUCAUUCAGACCCCGUGUCUUGUGCUAAAUUUUUCUGAGAACGUUUUAGCGCUGACGUCCGAGCUCCAUGAUAGACAGCAGCUUUGAUUCGUGUCCGUACUCUCCCUCAGGAUCCAUACAGCAGUCAAGUCGAGUGUGUGAAUUUUUCGUGUCAGCCUCGAGCAAAAGAAGUGUGUUUCAGUGAUAAGCUCUGUAUUUAUACAAUGAGAUUUUUUUUUCACGCUCAGUCAUUGUUCAGUGUUGUGACUGUCAAUCAAUGCUUCAAUCACUACCUCUUUAUCACAGCAUUUUAAUGACCAAGUAUAAGAGCAUUGUUGUUACUUUUCUUGUAUGCAUUUUUUUUUAUCGACAUCUAGCAAUAAGCAUAGUCUCCAGUGUAGAUAUGUGGAGCUAAAGCAGAUGUAGUUUAGAGGAUCCUAUAGGAGUUUUCUUAAUAAUCAGAAGGGAAAUAGUUUCAUUAGAGGAGCUGGUCCUCUGGGUACAGACCAGACACUGUGUGAUAACAUGGAGGGUUUCUCAAAGCAUUUGUAGCCUUUCACCUCUUGUUUCUUUGUUGCUGAGUGAUAGAUGAAGAUGGAUACUGCCCUCAUGUCUUUACUGCAAAUAUGAGACUGGAGCAAGCAAGCUUAGCUUAAUACUGUCACAGCAUCUCAAAGGAGCACCAUUUAACAAAUUAGUCUUUUAUAGUGUAGUAAAAAAUGAGAAUGAGAAUUUUAAACCAUAAGAGACUCCCUGCUAGGGUAUACUCCCUCACUAAACCUGUUUACACUUUUUAAAGGGGCAUAUUAUGAAAAAAAUACUUUUUGUAUCUUUGCAUAUAUAGUGCAUUUAGAAAGUAUUCAGAACCCCUUCAUUUGUUUAGUUUUUCUUUUGUUGCAGCCUGGCGCUGUUUAAAAAUUUCA